AUGUCAAAUCGAAAGGCAAUUAAACGUAGAAGACAGACUGGGGAAGAUGAUGAUUUCUCUCCGUCAGUUGUCCCACAAAAGAAACGAUCAAAAUCACAAACUGGAUUUGACAACAAUGGCGACAGUCCUCAAAGAAGGCUUUCUCUCGGUGACGGUGAUGCAGGCGUCAGAAGGUCAUCAAGAACUCCAAAACCGAAAGUGUUUGAUGAUGAAGAAACUUCAGUAAUCAGUAGAACUCCGGAGGUGUCUUCAAAUUCAGGCGAUUCUAGCUUGAUUCAUAAAGGGGAAUCUUGUUCAUUUUAUUCCUCUUCAUCAACAAACCUUCAACAAACAACGUCGACAAGCGACGCUUCGAUUUAUAGGAAACAAAGAAAGAUGGUUACGUAUGAUGACGGCCAUAAAAGAGAAACGAGGCGCAGUUAUCAAGAUUUCCUGAAAGAAAUCGAAACAGAAUCAGCUGUUUCAGGUAAACAAACAAAGGAGCAGAUUCAAGACACAGGUCGAGCUGGGCAAAGCAGCGUUGGAAAGAUGACAAAAAAUAUUGCUUCAAAGAGAAAAUCCGAAGGAAAUGUAACCCCCAAGAACCCUGGAGUCAUGAUGACUCCAAAUGACAAAGGUCCCUCAAACACAAGGGUCAAGAAAGAAACCCCAUAUGAGGCCUCACCUAAGGUGAGGUCUUCAUCAAGGACCCCUGUACCAAAAAGGAUCUUCUCCUUACUGGAAGAGGAGGAGAAUGUUGAGGUAAAAUCAAGAAUAUCAGGCUCCUCUGUUGCUGAAAGCGAAACUGUAGAUUCAAGUUUGACCAACGUAAGGUCAUCAUCAAGGGGUCAUGUGCCAAAAAAGAAUUUUCCUUUACUUGAGAAAGACAACCUUGACAUGAAGGAAUUCAAACAGACUACACCAGAGGAAACAUCUUCAAAAACAAGGACUCCAAAACUUGCUACCAAGAGGAGGUUAUCAGCAGCAGAGGAAAGAAGUCAGCAGAAUCUACAGGAUCUGCCAAAGGAUGCAUCAGCAAAUACCAAUGAGCCCUCACCAAAAGUUAGAGUUUCUUCACGGGGCCACAUGCCAAAGAGAACUUUCUCACUUCUAGAAGGUGAUGAAGGUACAGAUGAAACUACAGGAGAUCUUGGUCUUCCAGAAAAAGUACAUGCAGGUGACAGAGGUGUCUCAAGGACUUCAGCUGAGGAUCAAAGAGAUGGUGUCACAAGAGAGCCCAAAAAACGGAGAAGUAGUAAUGGGCAACCAAUCAGUCAUACAAGUAAGCAAAAAUCUUCUCAAGAGGGCAUAAAACGAGCUUCUGUUUUUGGAGGUGAAAUAUCAUAUGGCAAAGUAUUUGAAGGGUUAGAAGUUGAUAAGACAGAAAUAAAGACUCAAAGUUCAUCCAACUUGACUCACAAAAGGAAACGCUCAAGUGAUGUGAAAGAAGAAAAUGAUCAAGGAAGUUCUGGUAGACAUAAAAGUAAACCUGUGAAGAAAAAGGUUACUUCCACAGAAAAAACCCCUACUUCAAGGCAAAGCGCAGGCAGUGUUAAAGUUUCAGUAAAAUCAGAGCAGGUCUUUUAUAGUGAAACUGUGGAAACACCCAAGGGUGCCAAAGCAAAGACAUCAAAUAAAAAGAAGCAAGAAAGUGAUAUGUCUGCAAAGCAAAGUCCGUCAGUGAGUAAAGAUGCGACAAUAAAACAGGAGCGUGUGGACUCAAAAAGAGAUGCAUUUUCAUUGAGUGACAUUGCCAAGCAAAUUGCUGAUGGCGCAGGAACUUCUGCUGAUGUAAGCACUAGUGGUUUGAAGGAUAAGCGAAAAGGAUUGGCUGGCAAAAACAAACGAGGAAAAGAUGAGAAAGUUAAGAGGAAGGAGAAGAAAUCAGAAAAAGAUCUGAGUAAUUCUGGAAGUGAAUCUGCUGAAAAAGAGCCAAUUGUUUUAAAGUUGCAUCUUCCUCAAACUGAAGAUUCUACGAAGCACAAAAAACAUCACCAUCAUCAUCAUCACCACCAUCACCACCAUCAUCACAAACACAAACAUUCUUCAGGAAGCCAUGAUGAUGGCUCUCCAAAAAAAUCACAUCACAAGAAAUCUGUAACAAAAUCAUCUGAAAAUAAUACAGAGGCUGAUGAAAAUAAAAAGGUGGAAAAGAAGAAGAAAAUAUCCAUCAAAUUUAAGGGUCUGUCUUCCAAGAAGAUUGAUCUUGAGAUGGCUGCAGAUAGCCCUGGACUAAUGCAGAGUGCAGGACUUAGUGAAGCGGAGAACAGUGAAGUCAAGACCACAAAACCCGCUAAGGAAAAAGACAAAAAGAAAAAGAAAACAAAUGCAGAUGGCCCUGGACUAAUGCAGAGUGCAGGACUUAGUGAAGUGGAGAACAGUGAAGUCAAGACCACAAAACCCGCUAAGGAAAAAGACAAAAAGAAGAAGAAAACAAAUGCAGAUAGCGCUGGACUAAUGCAGAGUGCAGGACUUAGUGAAGUGGAGAACAGUGAAGUCAAGUCCACAAAACCCGCUAAGGAAAAAGACAAAAAGAAGAAGAAAACAAAUGCAGAUAGCCCUGGACUAAUGCAGAGUGCAGGACUUAGUGAAGUGGAGAACAGUGAAGUCAAGUCUUCAAAACCCGCAAAGGAAAAAGACAAAAAGAAGAAGAAAGCAAAUAAGGUGGAUUUGUCGUCACCUCAAUCUGACGGUGAACACGUAAAAUUAGUGAUUAAGAAAGACAAGCUUCCAUCAGGUUCCAAAGCUGCGGAGAAGAAGACAAGUGGCCAGCCAACAACUUCACAAGCUAAAUCAGGUAAUCAGAAAAAGAAGGCAGCUCCCUCAACAGGUAGUACAAAAGGAAAGGCAAGGGCAACUCCAAAAAAAGGCAGCAAGACUCCAGAGGUAUGUUGAACUUGUAAUCAAUGAUAUGGUUGGGAAGGAAGGUAACCUGGUAGCAGAGCCUUUCUUCCACUUGCUUAAUUUUGGCAUACUCAAGAAAGACUGCAUCAAUUGAGUUAGAUAGCAUAUGCAACUUGUUGCUGGGAUACAGUCUUGAAGCCUGGCCUAAUAGCCCUGUGCUUGGUACAGUGAGCUCAGUUUCAGUGAUUUUGUUACCCCCGCAUCCUGCAUCCGUGAUGCAUAAAAAUUCCUAAAGAGGCACAAGAGUUCAUGGCACGCGUCCCAUAGGAUGCAAAGAUUGAUUGAUUGAUUGAUCGAUCUGAAGAUGUUUUUGUAGAAUAUCCACAGGCUGUUCGUGUGAUUUCUGUGGCUGUUCUUGUGGCUGUUUUUUAACGACACAUAUUUCUUUUAGUCUUCAUUGUGUCUUACAAAUGAAAAUCUUUUAUCUGUCUGGUCACAUAAAGGCCCAAGCAUUUUCAAUUUAGGAAUUAUUGUUUUUUGAACUGGGACUCAAAGGUUCUGGAGUGGGACUCAUAAUUUGUUCACAAGAUGAGUCCCAGGAUGCACCAUAACUAUUUGUAACAAAAUCGCUGAGAUAUGACCAUCAGUUUAUCAAUAAACAAAUGCUCGCACUUGGUUAACCAGUUUGACUAGUCCAGAAGUUUGAGCUUUGGCAACCUCAAAGGCUUGACGUAAUUCAAGAGGAGCCUCCAUUUCUUCUCCUCGCUCAAGAAGACAAAAGGAGUCUCUGCUCCCAGGUUGGAAGGGGGGCUGAAAACAGGCCAUCCAUUUUGAAUUACCUUUAACCUCUCCAUUCCAGAUGUUCAUUCUUUCAUAUGAAAACAAUAGUUUAAUUCACAUACAAAUUUAGCUCUCUUGAUUUAGUAUGACAAAUCAUCUUGCCAUCACUUUGUGUAGGAAUGGAAGGUUUAACUGUGUAAUGAUAGGAAUUCUCAAGAACUUUGAUUUAAAGCAAUAUAAAAAAGAUUUUUAACUUAGUUUAUAGCAAUGCUUGACAUAAGAAAUAAAGGGAAAACAAUAGAUUUAUUCUUAUAGAACUGAUAUUUUAUCUUUAGAAGCCAAAGGUGGUAACAUCUUAUUUGCUAUUCUGCAAGCAACAUCGCAAGAAAAUUGCUGAGGAAAAUCCAGGUUUAGGUGAGCCUUCUUCAAGCACUUUUUGCUGCAAGUACAGUCAUUAAAUUUUAUCAAGCGUCAAUGUUUGCAUGUGUACAAUUCUAUAAUUUUACUAUAUUUGUAUAUGAUAUACAUUGUAAAUUACAUGUAGCUGCAAGCAUUAUUGCUCACUCCUGCAUACAUUUUGCAUUAGUGGACCGUAUUAGUGCUAAAUAGUGUGUAAUUAGUGUGGUGGUGAGCGUUAAAAGGAGGCUGCUUUUUGCAGGCUACCCUCUCUUUUCCAAGUAAUUUUCAGAAUGGUUUGUUUUUUUUCUUUUUAGAGUUUACUGAAAUCAGCAAAAAGGUAGGGAUUGCCUGGAACAACCUCAGUGAAGAAGAUAAGCAGGUAUGUUUAACUUAAUAUUUUGCUGUUAUUUUAAAAAAGGCUUGUUAGUAAAAGUAAAACAAAACUGUUGCCUUACACAGUGAAAAAACCGUAACCCUUUUACCAGCCAUAAACCAGAGCCAAAAAAGUGAGAGAAGCCACAAAAGAAAAAUCAGUUGAUUCUAUAGCACAGUGCAAAGAAUGGUAACACCAUAGGAUUUCAUCCACAGAUUUAAAAUAUAGAGUGAUAAAUAAUCUUGUCAUAUAAAGGAGCUCUGAGGGUAAAUAAGUUAAACAUCUCUUUUUUUUCCAGCAUUGGCGAAAGAAGGCAGAAGAGCUCAGGAAAUCACUUGGACUUCAAGCGACCCCCAAAGCUGUCUCCACACCUGCACCAAAAGUAAAGGAUGACAAAGCUGAGCCUAUUGACUUAGCAGCACACUUGCAACUCCUGGGGGAGUCCCUUGGGACAAUUGGAGCCUGCCUCAGGGUACAGGUGUGUAGAAGUUAUACUAGGGUGAGAGGGUGGAGUGGGAAUGGGAUUAGACUUUGAAAUACUUCAUGGCAGAAUGCUGGCCUGUUGGGUGAGACAUGUGGAUUUGUCCUCUGAACACCAAACACGAUCUUUUCUGCCUGUUGACUUUGUCUCCUCUAUACUGCUGGAUUACGUCCCCUAUGUCCCAACAAAACACAGUUCAAUCUUUAAACUUGCCUCGAGAAGGGUGCUACAUGCACAAAAAAACCACUGGGAAAGUGAGCUCCGCCUUCCUUACAGAAAGACUUUAUGGAACAGACAGAUGGAACUCAGACAGCUGCCCAAACAAACAGGAGACCCUGGUAGAAUGGCUUACCUUAAAAUUUAUGGCCUGUGUGGGCACUCUGACCAUCUUUGUGUUGUUUUUUCUUUCUCUAAAAGUAACAAUUUUUGUUUCUCUGUGUUGUCUUGACAAGUUGAUGUUCUUUUAUAGGACCCGGGAGAAGUUCAUGGCAGCUUGUCGGUGUUGUUAGACAGCGCACUGUGUGCUAUUUCACCACUACUAUUUCUUACAUCUCAAAUACCGGAAAUGAAUGGCUGUUCUCCGAAAACUCAGGUACUUGGAUUUUUUUAUUUUAAUCAGCAUCUAGUUUCUCCUGAUGGUGAUCAUGAGAAUGAAGGACUUGAUCACCACGGAACCUGUAUUGGUCGUCACUUAAAGGUCAUUUAAGGUCACUAUUGGUCUUUUAAAGAGAGGUGCAACAGGUUUGUCGCCCCACUGUAGGUUACAUUGUAUGUGAUGGCCUUACUUUAAUUGUCAGUUAUGGUGUUGAUAUACACAAAUGUUAUGACAUUUCAAAGAAACAGCUGUUGUCCAGAAUAACAUUGCAUGGUCUGAGAAGGGUAAACAACCAAUAUUAUCCAAGUGACUUGAAUUUCUUAUUUUUUUCAACAGGCAGAGGUUCUGGAUAAUCUCGCUUAUUUGAUGCCUGGCUUAGGAUGAAUCAAGUUCAAAAUUAUUUUUAAUCCAUGAGAUAAAUAUUUGCCUCUUAUGCUACAUACAUUAGUCUUAGAGUCCAGAUUGCAAUGUUUUAGAUAUUCCAGGCCAAUGUGCAGUUUUUUAAAAUGUUUAAAAACAUUCUUAGGGGUGUCAAGUCUCAUCGCUGCAGAGUCAUUUCACUAGCAAUCAACAGUAUAAUUCAGGAGCCAGUCGUUUAUUAUGUGUGAGGAGGGGCGUCCAUUUUGAGGAAGUUCAGAAGAUUUUCAAACCAAUCUCCCAAUUCAUCCUUCUAGCUUUUUGGAAAUUACCCCCCAUAAAUUUUGCAUAUUUUGAAAGUGACCCCAACCUGAAUAUUCUAGCAACAAAUUGUGCCUAAGUUCUCCACAUACUUUAUCUACAGUUGUUUCUUUGAGAUCAGUGUUUACUAUUUACAGUUGUUGCAUUCGGUUUUGAUUCAAGCUCAGUAUUGCUCGGUACCCGCUAUGUAACGCCCCCACAGGUAUUAAACAACAAGCUUCUCAGACGGUUAUGUGACCCUCAUGAUGAAUCAACUUAGAUUGCUUUUCCUUCUAUUUUGAACAAAGUUGGCAAGUAGAACAAGGGUGUAUCAAAUUUAACUUUGCUUUUGUAAAUAUUAUUUCUUUUCUUUCUUUCUUUUUUUUUCAAAUGGACAAUUAUAUCCUGUAU